AAAGACUUUUAUUCAAUUGCAUGCAUGCAUAAUUUUCGAAAUUACUCACCACCUGAUGAUUCCUAGUAUACGGAUGAAACGGACUGUUGUGGUAUGUCGAAAUAAAACCAUAAUUAAGUGUCUUUAAUUUUAUUUCAAGGAAAACUAUGCAUUUCCUAAUCAGUAUAUAGCUACAUAACUUAGGCUAUACUGUUUUGUUUAUGAGAUAUAUAGCGCCCAAAUUUUCAAUUUUCAAGCAUGUAACUAUACAUUUUGCGUUGAGAAUGCGAUAUAAUUAGUCUAUUUAGCCACAGGCAAACAAAUAGAACAGCCACGAAAAGAGUCAUUCUGGAGUCAAGUUGACCAGAAUGACUCCUUUGGAGUCGUUGUGACUCUUUUUUGGAGUCGUUUUGACUCUUUUGAUUUUUAUCUGAAUUUACAGAUGUCAGUGUGUAGAGAAUGUCACAGUGUUCCACACACGCAUCCUCUUGACUUUAUGAAAGAGCAUCAGACUUUGUAAGACAAAAACGACUUAAGAGAGUUUCUAUAUAUCAUUUUUAAUUCUAUAUGAAUAUUUUAAUGCUGAUUACGCAUAUGGUAACCCAUUUUACUGUAUUUUUCUCAAACAUACACCAGGCAAUUUUAAUUAUUAUUUUGAAACUCACUAAUAAUUCAUGAAGAAAUGUCACAAAACUUAAAUCAUGAGCGUGAAUGAGUUUGUAUAUCUGCAUGAUACAAAUUGCAAAAUCAUGUUGAUUUUCAAAAAGUUCAAGUUUCUCACCAAAUAUCAUUAAUUUAUCUUAAAUUGUUGAAGAAUAUACGAAUGCUCUCAUCAAGCCGUUUCACGAGUACUUACAGGUUCCUACUGCAUGUAUAUGAGUUCCUACAAAAUUUUUCUUGUUUGCUACAGCUAUAUAUGCAGCCACUUUAAAAUGUAGGCAGCUGCAACUACAUGCCUCUGGCAAGAAUCACAGCUCCUUACUGAUAAAGAAAUGAGCGAAAUUAAAAUCAACUCAGUUAAAAAAAAACACAAAAGACUUGACUAAAAAUACUAAAACGAUUAUUCACCUGCAUAUUCCCCGACAAUCACCUCGCCUACGGCGAAUAAUUGUGAACUAUACUGCGUUGCGGCCAAAAGCCAAUAUUAGCAUCGGAUGUAAAACUUCUUCUAAGAGUGUCUGUAUAUACAAAAACGCUUAACCUAGUGAAAGGUUUUGUCUAGUUUAUAAACAAAAGACUUUAGUACAAGUUCAUUUUCAAGUGGUAGUCCGUUUGUAUAAAAGGACGCAAGAUACGGCUUCGAAAGUAUCACUCUUGCAGCAGUGGAACAGAGGAAAGUUGUCAGUUGAGGAAAAGCAGUAAAACUAAAAGAAAAGAAUCAUGUCUUUAAAAAUUGUUGUUUUAAUGUUGGUGGCCGGUAUCGCAAUGGCUAAAGUCGGUAAGUACUUCGCGCAAAUAAGUUGUAACAACUAAACAAGGCAACCUAUAAACAAGGUUGCUAAACAAAGUUGUUGUCAAGCCGAUAUCAGGAUGCAUGUUCUCACACUGCUUCUUCUCAGUUGUUGUGAAAAGUCUGAGACAUCUUGUUAUCACCUUGUUACAAGGUUGGUGACGGUAACAGACUUAGUACAAGUUGUUCCAACAAGAUUAAUUACAGGCUUUUCACAACAAGUUGCUACCAGCUUGUUGUAAUCAACUUAUUAACUACUUGUUAGGAGUCUGUUGGCCAGUGCGUUAAUAAGUUCCAGUAAGAUUUUUGCGCAUGUAUUUUAAAAAGUAAAGUUAGUGCACUGUAAUAUAAUAAAUAGGGCUUACUGAACCUCUAUAGAAAGAACAGUAAUAAAACUGAUAGAGCUGUAUACAGUAUAGAUAAAGUUAGUUUAUAUGUUUCGUCCUGUAGUAACACUGGUUCAGUAAGAGAUGAUCAUUACUGGACCUUUAAGAAGAACAGUUAAUUAAGAAAUGAUAGAGCUAUCUUAGUAAGUAAUAUAACGAGUACCAAAAAUAAAGUUUCUUUCUUUUCUUCUUAGAUGAAUAUGGCAACGACUAUGAAACACCUGAGAAAAAAGAAAGCGCAAAUGAUGAAAAGCCAAAGAUGGUCAUGGAAGACAUGAACACUGAAACGUCGACUGCUCUCGUACAAAAUGACGCACACGACCCUGAUUCAAUCAAGAAUAAAGGACGUAAGUUUGUUCAUCUUUCUUGUUAUAUACGUUUCGUUCCCGCAACUAUAGAAUUUGAGAUUUACCGCAAAUAAACUCCCCCAUUUUCUAAGGCUAAGAAACGCUAUUUCCGGCAAUCUGGGAACAGUUUCAACAAAAAAACGACGACGAUAAAAAGCGGCACAAUGAGACUAUAUCAGAAAAAUAUGAAUAUCAGAAUAAUGUCAUCGUGUAAAUUCAAUUAAGAUACGGGUUAUUUAAAGAAAUAAGGAAAUUAUAUGGUGGUGAUAUGGCGACCCUCUCUCAGUGUCCUUGUCAAACCAAGGCAAGCUAGUUAUUUACACGCGUGCUCAGAUCUUUAUCUGAAGGCGAAAUAGAAUGAUGACGUUAUCACCUGGAACGAAAGACAGAAAUAUAUGGCGAGAAAUAUGAAAUUUUUUCCCAGCCAAUUCGGACUCGGUUGACUCGUAGCAACACGAAUGAUUUGCCUUGAAUUAUACGAAAACUAUAAGCGUAAAAUAUUGGUUAAAUAUAUAUUUUAGUAAACAGUAAUGUAUGUUAUUCGCUGACGCGUUUAUUUCUGUUUACUUCAAAUUUUCUAUAGUUUGUCAUUGGGGCAUCGCAGUUUGGUUCAAACCCGGAUUUUCCAUUCGCUGUAGUUGUAUGAAAUGGUGAGUACAUCCAAACUCUUCAUAUAAACCACGCUUACUCCUGCGUGCAUUGACCGCAAAUACACGUGUUAAAACCGUUUUCAGGUUCAUCAGUAGUUCAAUGGUCUUCAAUUUUCAUGACAUUCCCUGAGCACACCACACUGAGACAUAAUAUUAAUCUAAGGAUUAUUUUUUAUAGCAAUGGGGGUUCAUAACUGAAAAAGGCCGAGGGGAUCCCUCGGGAAAUUUUGAAAUCUGGAGUCUUUGAAAUUGCCAUUUCGUGCAUUUGGGGAGGCAAUUUUAAAUGAUUCUGAAUGCUAUAAAAGUGAAUGUUUUGCUAGUAAUCCACUUGUAUUUCAAUAAAAAUUUGGAUAUAGCAUAUAGGGCAAUUUCGUUUUGUGGACAUUACAAUCAGAGACAGAGGCCAAAAAUUGAAGUAAUAAUGUUUUUAGUUAAAACCUAACUUCAAACUAAACAUCUCAGACUAAACAAAAACUACUAGAACAUCUAAUGUCCUCAAAUGACAUUGUUGUCAUUAACCUAUUCUCUAAAUUUAUCUCUCUCUGCUUAACAGAGCGAGAAAAUAGCCUCAAACCCAUGGAAAAUACGUAAUAAAAAACGACUGCAGCUAAUUUCAAAUUCAUUGCGAAAAUCACACUGCAAAUUGUUUUCCAAUCUUUCAUAAAAAAACCCUUACUUAGAAACUACGAAUAGGAUCUAUAUUAUCCAUAAAAUAGAUGUAUAAAUCACUAUAAUGACACUUUCACUUUAUAUAUGUUCGUUUCUUCAAUACCUUGUACUGUAUGUAAUUAUAUAUAUAUAUAUAUAUAUAGAAUAUUCUAGCAAUACCUGUAAAUUAGGUCAUGCAUUUGAAUAAAUUAUUAUUAACUAUAAAAGUAAAAGCAUUAAUAUUUCAUUAACUAUACAUACAGACCAAGAGUGAGACGUACCAUUAAUGCACACUGUGAACGACCCAAUGUGUUGUCUGAGGCAAUAGUUUAAAUACAAUAAAAUCACAGAUUUGAUAUACCUUAUGUCUUAGGUGAAUACAUUACGAGGUUACGCCCUGCCCCAACCUGCCCCCCUUUUUUCUCAGUUUUGGAAAAAGAUACAAAACUGGACCGGAAGAAAAGUGUAUGUGUGUGGGGGGGGGGGAGUGUGAACCCCUCAAUUCACCCAUGGCUACGCCCCUGAGCAACAGGCUAAAAAUAGAACGUAUGUUCAAAUUUGUUCGCACAUUUCACACCGACAAACAUUGGGAAAAAAUAUUGAAAUCCAUUCUAUGUCUGUGGAAUUUGCAAUAUUGCACCACUAAAUCCAUAGUAUAUCGUAUAUCCACGCUAUUCCCAAACAGAUUGCAUUAGUAUGAAAAUUGGAUUACCGUACUAUUUCCAACCAACACCCAUACGACCAUUCUAUUUACAUACUAAGAAUUUUGAAAAAAAAUUUUCGCAAAAUUUUGUUGCUGGAAUAAAUUUACUCAUUUUACGAAAAGCAAAAUUAUCCCACCAACCCCUCUUACUAAAUGACUCAGAAUUAACUGACAUUUCCUAUCGUUUAGCACCUGUAAGUCUGGUGGUAACUGGGCCUGUGCUUAUGAAUUCGCCUACUGUCCAUACUUCUGUAAGUAUACUGUGUAUAUCAGCUAUAGCGUUGCAAUCACUGAUCACAAAGUUAGGACUGAUAGUGGCAUCUCAAUGGAGGCCAUGCACCACAAAUCUACUGUGGUACAAAACUGCAUAAUGCCGAAAAGCAUUAAAUUUUCACUCUGACUGUCAUAACAUUUUUCUUUUGCGUUUCUACUAGAUUGUGGCAACCAAAUAUACAAUCCUUCUACUCAAAUCUGUUGCUGUGGUAAAGUGCACUCUAAGAAAUCCAGAUAUUCAUGCUGUGGUUACUUCUACUACGAUACCAGAGUUUCACAAUGUUGUAAUUACUAUUCUGUCAAGCCAAGGAAGGCAAAAUGCCCUCGCUACCGAGUUUAAGCUGUCAGCUUUGACCGCCCAAGAACAAUUAAAACACGAAUUAAGUAAUCAUUAUUAAGAAGAAUUAAUCAUUAUGUAAAAAACUAGUUGAUUGUAUUAGUUUUAUAUCUGCAUGUUACAGUAUCAAAUACAAAGCUCAGAUGCAAAUUUAUGUUUCAUAAAUUAUACCAUUUUUCUUAAUAAACUA